GCGUUUUUCUUUUUUUUUUUUUUAUCCCCCAGCCCCCCCCCUCCCUCUGCCUGCACCCUCCGCUCAGGGGCGUCUGUGGUCUCUCUUGCUCUCCCUUCUCCCCUCCCACCGGCUGGCCAGGCGCUUGAAGCGGCGCUCCCUUCCUCCGAGGCCGAGUCGGGAUUUUCUGCGGCUCUUGCGGGCGGAAGAGGCCGGGCCGAAACGCUUCCUUGUUAACCCUGUCUCCCAAUUCCUGCACCAGCAUCUCUGAGAAAGGAGGGUUUCCCCAGGUCCCAUCCCAGCCUUGGCAUUAAGAAGCGACAAUGGCAGGAGAACACAGAAACCCAGCUGGCUUGGAUCUCCAGCUGGAUGCCGAUGUGGAAGAUAAGAUGAAAGUCGAGGUCCGCAAAGAAGCCGAGGCCGAGAAGGAAGUGGUGGAAAGGCCUCCGAGGGUCCCCUCGGAGAGAGCCAAGGAAUCCGUGGAAAAAGUAACGGCGGAAGCCAUUAAGCGGGAGCCGGAGGCCAAUCCAGAAGACUGUUGCUUGGAAGUGGAAGAAGAGAAAUUUAUAAUGGGUAAACAGUCCCCGACUUCCGAGCCCGGCAAUGAGCAGCUGCUGAAGGCAGAAGGAAGCAUCCAUUCGGAGGCCGAACUCUCUUCCCUGGAGGAAACCGCCGACCUCGGGCCACAUCGUCAGCGAAACAGGAUCAUCCAGCCCCUUUUGCACAUUAGCGAAGGAGCCCGGCCAUUGAUCAACAGCGCCUGCGCGAAAGACAAAACUGAGUUCAUAGAGGUGGGGGAGGAAGGGCUGGAGGUGACCGGCGCCAGCCUGGACAUUGAACGCCAAUGUUUCAGGCAGUUCUGCUACCAGGAUGCCGAGGGUCCCCGCGAAGUCUGCGGUAUGCUCUGGAAGCUCUGCCAUCGCUGGCUGCAACCGGAGCGGCGUUCCAAAAGCCAAAUCCUGGAGCUGGUGAUCUUGGAGCAGUUCCUGUCCAUUUUGCCCGAAGAAAUGCAGAAUUGGGUCAGAGCCGGUCAUCCGGAGACUUGCUUUCAAGCCGUUAGCUUGGCUGAGGAUUUCCUGGGACGUCAGCAAGGGACGGAGCGACGGGAACGGCAGGGUCUCUGGCCCUUCAAAGAGGCAACUGUGGAUUUCCAUGGGUCUGCGGGGCCACCGAUGGAGUCGAGCGAAUGGCCGAUGUUCAGGGAGAACAAAGAAGAGGAUGUCCCUUUACUGGCUUCGGUGGAGAAUCCGUACACCUGCUGGGACUGCGGAGAGAGCUUUUCGGGGAUAGACGUGCUGGUGGCCCAUCAGAGCAUCCACACGGGAGAGAAACCCUUCAUUUGCUCCAAAUGCGGGCAGAGCUUCAGCCAGCGAUCGCAACUGACCGCCCACGAAAAAAGCCACGUGCCAAAGAAAGCUUUCCCUUGCCCGGACUGCGAACAGAGCUUUAACAAGAAAAGUGGGCUCUUGGCUCAUCAGAGGACACAUACGGGAGAGAAGCCGUAUCAUUGUGUAGACUGCGGACAGAGUUUCGCCCACAAGUUCGACGUGAUCCGGCACCAGCGUAUCCACACGGGAGAGAAACCGCACGAGUGCCCCGUCUGUGGGAAGAGCUUUCGAAACACCUCUGCUUACCACGUCCACAUGAGGAUCCACACGGAAGAGAAGCCCUACCCUUGCUCGGUUUGCGGGAAGAGCUUCCGGCACCGGGCCAACGUCAUUGUCCACGAGAGGAUCCACACGGGAGAAAAACCGUACGUUUGCGUGGAAUGCGGGAAGAGCUUCGGCGACGCAUCUUCUCUUAGGAAGCACAGAAGAUCCCACACCGGAGAGAGGCCGUACCACUGCGGGGAGUGUGGGAAAAGUUUUUCUCAGAACGCCGGGCUGGUUCAACACGAGAAAAUCCAUACGGGAGAAAAACCUUACCAGUGUCCCGAAUGUCCUAAAAGUUUCCGGGACAAAUCGGCUUUUGUUGCGCACCAGAGGACCCACACGAAGGAGACUCCCUACCGUUGCAUGGUCUGCGGCAAAUGCUUCGGCCAUCGCUCCAACCUUCACAAGCAUGAAAAAAUCCACGCCCGGAGACAAAUGGCCUGUUGGAAACGCCACGUCACGGUCUACCAGAGCAAGCCUGUCAACCACCUUCGGUUUCUCGCCUCGGCGAGGAUGAGUGCGAAAAUGGCCCAUCUCCUGCCAGACCUUUGCAAAGAGGCCCCUUUGAGCAACAGCGGCCUCUGGGCCAGCGACAGAAGCAUCAGGCAGAAAGUCAAGGAGGAGAUCCAGGGGGAAGGGACGGCUGUCUUAGAAACCCAACGCCUACACUUCAGGCAGUUUGGCUACCAGGAGGCCGAGGGACCACGAGAGGUGUGCAACCAUCUCUGGAAGCUUUGCAACCUGUGGCUGAAACCCGAAAGGCACACCAAAGAACGGAUUCUCGAACUGGUGGUCCUGGAGCAAUUCCUGAACGUCUUGCCCCCACGAAUCCAGAACUGGCUCCGAGAUGUUGAGCCAGAGGAUUGCACCCGGGCGGUGGCCUUGGCAGAAGAUUUCCUGCUGAGGCAGCAAAAAGAGGAAACUCAGAAAGAGUCAAGGCUGAGACCCCUUAAAGAAGAGAUGAUCUGUUUACAGGUGGCUGAGGAAGCAUCGUCUGAUUCCUGGCCGAAGGUCAUUUUAGGUGAAAUCAAACAGGAGGAGGAAGAGGAGGAUGGCGCAUCUCUGGGCGAUGUGCAGGCGUCUGAGGAGGCCUCGGAGAAUUCUUCAGAACCAGGAUCACAGCGGAUUCCCUGCAGAAGAGCUGAUCAACAUAAAUCCUGUACAGCAGGACCAGGGGAGGCCUCUGAAAGCCAGUCAGGAGGCCGCAUGGAAAAGAAACACGACGGCCUUAUUUGCGCCGCACCAAAUUUCCAACAGGCCAGAGGAGUCGGAGUUGGAGUCCAGCCCAGGAUCCAAGAUGAGCGGUUGAAAAAGUGCCUGGAAUGUGGGAAGGGCUUCGUUUGGCAGUCCGAACUGAUCGAGCACCAGCGAUCGCACACGGGCGAGAGGCCUUACUCCUGCUCGUACUGCGGGAAGAGCUUCAGCCGCAAAUCCUACAUUAUAAAGCACGAACGGAUCCACACGGGGGAGAAGCCCUACAUGUGCGCCCACUGCGGCAAGGGCUUCAUUUCUAAAUCGGACCUCAUCAAGCACGAACGGACCCACACGGGCGAGAAACCGUACAUCUGCGCCGACUGCGGGCGCAGCUUCAGCAGGAAGCAGUUCCUGGUGACCCAUCGGAGGACGCACACGGGGGAGAAGCCGUACAAAUGCGCCGAGUGCGGCAAGAGCUUCAGCCAGCGGACGUGUCUGGUCAUCCACGAGAGAGCCCACACCGGCGAGAAGCCAUUUCAGUGCCUGGUGUGCGGGAAGAGCUUUGGGAGAAGGGAUAUUCUCGUGACGCACCAGAAACUCCAUGCCCGAGAAAAGGCUUUGCAGUGCGUUGAGUGGCUGUGAAAUGGCAACUUCACUGAGUACAGGACGCGAGGGGCUCCCGUCUGCAACGUGUUUGAGCAGGGAUUAAAAGUGGAGAACGGAGGGUGUGCAUGUAUGUAAGUGUAGGAGAUAGAUACAUGGGUUGUGAUUCAAGAAAUAGGAGCUGUGUAAAAAUUGUAGUUCAGAGGCGGAAAAAGAUAGAAUGAAUAUCAUGUGAUAUUCAUUCACUGAUUGAAUCAAGAUCCCAUGAAGUGUUAAUGCCAAUUUAUAAUGCCUUGGUAAGGCCACACUUGGAAUACUGCAUCCAGUCGUGGUCGCCAUGAGGUAAAAAAGAUGUGGAGACUCUAGAAAGAGUGCAGAGAAGAGCAACAAAGAUGAUGAGGGGACCAGAGGCUAAAACAUACAAAGAACAGUUGCUGGAAUUGGAUAUGUCUAGUUUAAUGAAAAGAAGGACUAGGAGUGACAUGGUAGCAGUCUUCCGAUAUCUCAGGACAGGGGUGAAAUCCAGCAGGUUCUGACAGAUUCUGGAGAAUUGGUAACGGAAAUUUUGAGCAGUUCAGAGAACCAGCAGCGGAAAUUUUGAGUAGUUUGGAGAAUCAGCAAAUACCACCUCUGGCUGGCCCCAGAGUGGGGUGGGAAUGGAGAUUUUGCAAUAUCCUUCCCCCAGGAGUGUGGUGGGAAUGGGGAUUUUGCAGUAUCCUUCCUCUGCCAGCCCACCAAGCCACACCCACAGAACCGGUAGUAAAAAAAAUUUGGGUUUCACCACUGUCUCAGGGGCUGCCACAAAGAAGAGGGAGUCAAGUUA